AUGGAGUUUGAGCGUGCUUUGUUUCGCAUUCAUCAGAAGACGCUCCUCGCAGAGCCACUGCGGAAGCUGCGGGUGCAGUCUGAGCGGAUCUUGCCAGCCAUCGUGACGGUCCAUGUGCUCUUGUUGGCAGCACUGCAUAGCUCCUACGUUGGCCAAGCGAGUUGCCUACCGGAAGUUCUUCAACGAGCAGGGCUUUGGAACGACACAGCUUCGAGACCGUACCUGCCAGAGGAUACUUUGCUAUACCUGACGAUUACGCUUGGUGACGGCGUCACAGGGCUGACCAUCGUCGAAGCCGCAAACCGAUCCAGCGCGAAUCAUCUUCGACUUGAAGAUGCUUCCGAUGUUUUCGGUACCUAUCGCUUUGCUCUGGACCGCGAGAUAGUGCAAAUGCGGAAGCCGGUCUUCGACAAGCACAACUUCGAGGUGCGAAACGUGUCGCUGGCGCAAGGUUGCCUCGCGCCCUUGACCCCCCUAGCGGAUGCAUUACAUUUCUUCAAUGCUUGGGACGGCCUGGUAAUAAAUGAGUUGGCUUACAGCCUUCGGUCUCGAGGAUAUCUCGAAAGGGUGGAUGGCGAUGAAGUUCUUGAGGCAUGGGCCUGGACCAAAGAACAAGUUGAGGCCCCAAAUCCUGAGCAAGGGCGCUCCUUGCUAGCCUCGCUCUUCCGCAAGCUUCUUAUACUGCUCGGCUCUAUGCUGUCCUUUGCAUUAAUUUCUGCAGUCACAGGACUCUUCAUACGCAUCGCCGUGCACGGUUCCGCCGUGCUCAUGUUUCCGCUUGCAUUAGUGGCACAGACGAUGGGCCUGAGCUCGUCCAGGAUGUCGAUAAACGUGCUCUCCCGCAGCUUUCCAUGGAUUGGAGUCCACGUGGAUGUUUUGCGGCGUGGCAGUCGUCCGGUUUGGCCGCUGCUUCGAUCGCACAUGGCAUUUCUGCUUGUGCAGUCUUUCGCAUACUUGAGUUGCAAUCUGGCUUGGAGAUUUCUUCUUUAUCGGAAAUCCUCUCCAGAGGGUUUUGAAGAGAACAUCUUUAGCUUGUGUUCGCUGCUUGAGCUUUUCAACUUGAUCUUUGUGCGAUCUCCGUCUUCGGCAGCGCUGUACCCGAAGGUUGCCAGUGCAUGCGUCAUUUAUCUCCACUUCUACAUAUUCUGCUCACUGUAUCCGUUUCACGGCCUGGCAUUUCUGACUUGUGUUGGAGCUUGUGCAUAUGUCAUGGUAUACUGCCUAAACCAUUUCGAAGAACCGGCUCUUCGGGCAGACCCUUUCAACAACAGUACGCCCACGGUGGCUCAUCCACGAGCUUUGUACCUGCCCCUGUUGUCGCCGUCGUGGACCAUUGAAGCAGCUCCGCUGUGGACCAUGUUCUACCCGCCGGAGAAUGCGUCUACGUUCCCGGAAGAUGCUAUGCGCCACAUACAAGCUGAAGAGUACAACAUGCCAUGA